AUGGGAACCUUCCUUGCUAAAGAGCGAAUAAAUAAAUCUAAUAAAUCUAGUAAAUCUAAUAAAAUUCCGCCUAGUUCGAGCUCGACUGACAUUGAUAAAGAAAAGUUCCGUUAUAUCGAAGGCAGAAGGUUUAAUAACUUUCAAACUUCAAAAUAUGUUCUUCCAAAUGAUGAUGAAGAAUGCGAUAGGUUACAUAUGCAACACUUUCUGAUGAGAUACGCUUGGCAGGGUAACUUUGCUUCUCCCGUUGAACAAAUAUUGACAGGUGUUGAUUCCAAAGUCCUUGAUGUUGGAUGUGGCGCUGGUUCCUGGUCAUUUGAAGUAGCAACCAUUUAUCCGAAUGCUAAAAUUAUCGGCGUAGACAUCUCACCCGUUCAGCCUUCAGGAAUUAAGCCAAAAAACUUUACCUUUUUUCAAGCAGACAUUACUGAUGGGUUACCGUUUGCCGAUGAAACUUUUGAUUUUGUAUUCCAACGUUUCUUGGUUGGCUCAAUUCCAAAGGAAAAAUGGUUUUCUGUUAUCAAGGAACUAACUAGAAUGUUAAAACCCGGUGGUUAUCUGGAGUUAAAAUCUUAUUUUGAGCAACAAGGACAAUUUGAAGAUAUUAAAGAUGAAAUUAAAAAUAUACACGGAGGCACAGCAGAAGGUAAACUUGGUUUAGCGUAUAAUGACGAUGUGAUGAGACUUUACGAAAAUGUUAAAGUCUUGUUGGCACCAUUUAUGCAAGUUUCUCACAAAGAAUAUGAUCAAAUGAUAAAAACAACAAAAGAAGAAUGGUUAGAACGAAAUAGCUACACGCGUUUCAUUCGUGUACACGCUAGAAAAAUCUAA